GUGAAUCAAAGGCAAUAGUAUCUUCCAUGGCAUUGGCUACCAUGACAGACAUCCAAUGCUACUCCUUCCUGAUCUUCUUCGUGUCUCUCAUCUCAACCCUUCUAAUCCGAUCCAUCUUCAUCAACAAACCCCAACCCAACCGCGGUCUUCACUUGCCACCCACCCCACCGGCCCUCCCAAUCAUCGGCCACCUCCACCUCCUCACACCAUCCUUAUACAAGUCUUUCCACCGCCUCUCCACCAAAUAUGGCCCUCUACUCUAUCUCCGCAUCGGCGCAUCACGGUGCCUCCUCGUUUCCUCAGCCUCCGUGGCUGCUGAAAUCUUCAAAACCCAUGAUCUCGCCUUUGCUUCUCGGCCUUUAUUCGCCUUUGCUGAUAAGCUACUGUAUGGAACUUCAGGGUUCGUCACUGCCCCGUAUGGAGACUACUGGAGGUUCAUGAAGAAGCUCUGCGUCACUCAACUGCUCGGCACGCCACAUGUUGAGCGGUCGCGAGCUGUUCGACGCGAAGAAAUGGAGAGGCUGUUGAGGAGAGUGUUGGGGAGUGCUGAGACGAAAGAGGGUGUGGUUGAUGUGGGUGCUGAGCUGAUGAGAUAUACGAACAACGUGACAUGCAGGAUGGUGAUGAGCAGUAGGUGUUCAGAGGAAGAAGGAGAGGCAGAGAGGGUUAUAGAGCUGGUGAAGGAGUCCUUUGAGCUGGCAGCAAAGAUGUGCUUUGGGGAUGUGUUGGGGCCCUUGAAGAAACUGGGUUUUUGGGUGUACGGGAAACAGGCUAUGGAUAUGACCAGAAGGUUUGAUGAGCUUUUGGAGAAGGUGUUGAAGGAGCAUGAAGAGAGAGGGAAAAAGGGUGGUUGGGGUGAGAGAGAAGAUAAGGAUUUGAUGGAUAUGCUUUUGGAGGUUUGUCAAGAUGAGCAGGCUGAGGUUAAGAUUACAAGGACCCAUAUCAAGGCCUUCUUUACGGAUCUUUUCAUUGCGGGCACUGGCACCUCAGCAGAAGCAAUGCAAUGGGCAAUAGCUGAGCUAAUUAAUCAUCCUUGUGUCUUCCAGAAGGUCAGACAGGAAAUAGAAUCUGUUGUGGGAAAAGCUAGACUAAUUGAAGAAUCAGAUAUCCCAAAUCUCCCUUAUUUGCAGGCUGUUGUGAAGGAAACACUAAGACUAUACCCACCAGCCCCUGUCACAACAAGAGAAUGCCGCCAAAGCUGCAAAAUCAAUGGGUUUGAUAUACCAGAAAAAACUGCAGUGGCAAUCAAUCUUUAUGCCAUCAUGAGGGAUCAAGAUUCAUGGGAUGAUCCUAAUAAGUUUAUCCCAGAGAGGUUCUUGGUUUCCUUCAAGGAGCAAAGUGAAGUGAUCAGUGGACAAAAGUUCAAUUUUGUUCCAUUUGGGGCAGGGAGGAGAGGGUGCCCAGGAACAACACUGGCAUUCAGCUUGAUGAAUACUGCGGUUGCAUCUUUGGUUCAAUGCUUUGAUUGGGAGGUUGAUGGAGAUGGAGGCAAGGUUGAUAUUCAAUCUGGACCAGGCAUGUCCUUGAGAAUGGUUCACCCACUCACAGCUCGUCCGGUUGUUCACUUCACCCCAUUUACUGCUUCAACAUAAUCGCAUACAUGCCCCCUUUUAUCUCUAUCCGUUCACUUAUGUAAUUAAACGGAUUAGAUCUUUCUACUCUAAUUUGCUAAUUUCAUGUUGGGUUUGUGUCAAACUCUUUGGUCA